AUGAUCGUCACGAACGUGGACAAUUUUUAUGUCACGGACGACAGGAUCAUAAACUCGCCGAGCCGAGAGCGGGGCGUGAGCGAAGAGGACGAGUUCGCCAUGCGCGUCCACGGAUGCGAGCUCGUCCAGGAGGCGGCGGUGCUCCUCAAGGCGUCGCAGCAGGUGGCGUGCACCGGCCAGGUCCUCCUCCACCGCUUCUACGCCAAGCGAUCCAUGGUCAAGUUCGACGUGAGGCGGGUCGCCGCCACCUCGGUGUUCCUCGCGUGCAAGCUCGAGGAGUGCCCGCGGAAGCUCCGCGACGUCGUCAACGUGUUUCACAGGAUGUCCCGGCGAAGGGAGAAGAAACCGCUGACGCAUCUCGAGUACUUCAGCAAGCGGUACGAAGACAUCAAGGCGGAUCUGGUCAGGGUCGAGCGGCACAUGCUCCGCGAGUUUGGGUUCUGCAUCCACGCCGAGCACCCGCACAAGUUCGUGCUCAACUACCUGCGGAUGAUGGGGCAAGACUCGGCGAUGAUGAACGCGGCGUGGAAGAUCGCAAACGAUUCGCUGCGAACCACGCUGUGCAUACGGUUCAAGGCGUACAAGGUGGCGGUCGCGUGCAUCUACCUCGCCGCCAGGAAGCUGCGCGUGGUGUUACCCGAGGAUCCGCCGUGGUGGGACCUGUUCGACGUCACCAAGGAACAGAUCGAGAUGAUGUGCGAGAGCGUGCUGGCCGUGUACGAGCUGGGCAAGACGGAGUACGUCGCGCUGGGUCCGGAGCCGCCUCCGGGCGCCACGUCACCGACGAAACCCAGGUAA